UGGAAGCAACAAAGAAGCAGAUUCUUUGUAUAUAUAAUUGGGUAAUUAGACUAAAAAAAAAGAGUCUAAAAGGAGCACCAAGUUUAUGGUAGUAUUAGUAUAACUAAGUGGAGGAAGAAAAGGGAGAGAGAUUCUAGAGAGAGAAGGGUAGCUCAAGUUUUGCUUUUGGGUUUCUUGUUGGACUUGGCUUUUUGGCUUUGGUUUCAGCUUUUUCUCUGAAAGGGGGUUUUAAUGGAGGACUUUAAACAUAACUUGAGGGUGACACAGUAAUGCUAGAAACAUGGGGGAAAAAGGCAGUUGGUUUUAUGCCCUCAAAAGGGUUUUUACGUGUAACUCCAAGAAGAAGUCUGCCUAUGGAUCAGGGAAGAAAACUGCAAAGGAAAAGAAGAAGGGUCGUAGAAUACUGAGGCAUGGAGAGUUCAAAUCAUUCCUCUUCAGAGAACCAAGCAGUAUUGAGAAAAUACUGGGUGAGGUUGAUGAUCAGAACCUACUUGUUAGGCCUCCUACUUCUGAACAAUCUGGCAUUCCAUCUGCAUUCCCUGUGGCACCAACUUCUCCAAGAAUCAAUUCACCUAGAGAUGCGUCUCCUCAGAGUUCUUAUAGGGCUACAUCUCCUGGUGUCACUUCUCCGAGGGUCGCCUCUCCAAGGGUUGUCUCUCCUAAGGCAGCUUCUCCAAAGGUUACCUCUCCCAAGGAAGCUUCUCCGAAGGUUACAUCUCCCAGGGAAGCUUAUCCAAAGGCUACCUCUGCUAGUGCUCCUUCCCUAAAGGCUCUCUCUCCUAGGGAAGCUUCUCCAAAGGCGAACUCUGCUAGUGCUCCUUCCCAGAAGGCUACUGCUCCCAAGGAGGCUUCUCCAAGGGUCUCUUCCCCUAGAUCUACUUAUCCAGAGCCGAGUAGGAACCAUAAUGAGAUUAGCUAUGCUAACAGGCCAGAAGCAACUUUGACGCUCCAUCUUUCAGCAACCAAGAUACAGGCAGCCUACAGAAGUUACAUGGCAAGGAGGGGUUUCAAAUCUUUGAGUGGUUUAGCAAGACUUCAAGGAGUGGUCAGAAGCAGAAGUGUAAAGCGGCAGACAGUAAAUGCCAUGAAACAAAUGCAACUUCUAGGUAGGGUUCAAAUGCAAAUUCAGUCAAGGAGAAGUCAGAUGUUCCAGGCACUCCAUAGUCAAGCUUACAUGAAUGAUAAAGAAGUUGAGAGCACUCUAAGCAAAUGGACUCAGCUGACUGAAGCAGGUAACCAUGAUGAUUGGAAUAAUAGUAUGCUAACUAAAGAUGAGGUAGAAGCAAGGCGACGGGAAAAAGUGGAGGCAGUCAUCAAGAGGGAGAGAGCAAUGAGCUAUGCAUAUUCUCACCAGUUGUGGAGACGCAACCCCAAAUCAGCUACGGACAUCCGAACCAGUGGAAUUCCUUGGUGGUGGAACUGGUUGCACCACCAGCUACUUCCAGGAAAUGAUUCCGAGAGCCAAUCUGCUGUAAAAGAUGUCCAUUCAACACCAUCAAGGGCAAUAUCCGAACACAAGCCAAGUCCAUGGCGUCUAAGUCAAAACUUCAGACACCUCCAUUUGGAUUAUGACAGUCAUGAAUCAGUUACACCAAGGUCAACUAAGUCUGCAGUUCCAUUAAGGGGAAAACUAAUGCAUACUCCCAGAAGAACAUCAUCACCAAUGAGCAGCUCAAGCGUAUCAAAGUAUUCAAGACGCCGUGCUAGUGCUGCUGAUUCCCCUUUCAAUCAUUCCAUGAAGGAUGACGACAGCCUCACGAGCUGUCCUCCUUUUUCAGGUCCUAGUUACAUGUCACCAACCAUCUCAGCCAAAGCUAAAUUCAGAGGAAAAACCAUUCUUGAGGAGAGAAAUAUAGGUACUCCAUCAAACAGCUCGAGGAGGAGGCUGUCGUUUCCUUUGACUCCAAGUAGUACUGGAUCCGUCAAGUGGAACAAAGGAUCUGGAAAGGAUGCCGCUUCUUUAAAGGAACAUGAAUCUAUGGGAGAUCAUAUGAGUGUGCAUUCUACUGGUUCGACGCCUACUAUAGUUGGGAGGAAACCAUUUCAAAGAUUUGUGUAAUUUUGUUCCCUGUAUGUUGUCCCAUCUGUAUUUAGCUCUGAAGUUACCUAUGUAUGUGUAUUUAUUGGUGUAUUUUGUUAACAGAACACUAAUGUAAAAUAAUUAAGUGUGAACAUUCUCUUGUUUGUUAGACUUAUCUAGUGAAGGAAGAAAGGAUAAUUAGUAUAUUUUAAAGUUGGAUCUCUCUCUA